AUGUCAAAAAAUCCAUUGAGAAAUGGACCGCUGAACAAGAUUGUCAACGGUUUUAAAUCUGCAGAAGAUGAAAAAUCAAUUCUAGAAGGAAAAUCAUCAACCCAAUCUAGCCUUCUGGACCUAACAUUGAAAAAGUGUGAUAAUGGAAUAGAAGUUGUCAAUGAUGCUACCUCGACUGUUUCCAAUGCUAGUGUCACAAAUGUCAAUUUAAAUAAGAAUCUUUCUAUUCGUCAUCUAUUGACAUUAGCAGUUGGCGGGGCCAUUGGUGUCGGUUUAUUCGUUAAUUCCGGUGCUGCAUUGGCAUCAGGUGGCCCAGCAAGUUUAGUCAUUGACUGGGUUAUUAUUAGUACAUGUUUAUUUACCGUCAUUAAUGCCUUGGGUGAGAUGGCAGCAGCUUUCCCAGUAGUCGGUGGGUUUAAUGUUUACAUUACUAGAUUUGUUGAUCCAUCAGUUGGUUUUGCUGUUAAUAUCAAUUAUUUGGCACAAUGGUUAGUACUUCUACCUUUAGAAUUAGUUGCAGCUUCAAUGACUAUCAAAUAUUGGAACGAUACAAUUAAUUCUGAUGCCUGGGUUGCAAUAUUUUAUGCAGUCAUUGCAUUUGCUAAUAUGCUUGAAGUUAAAUCAUUUGGUGAAACUGAAUUUGUUCUCUCCAUGGUUAAAAUUUUGGCAAUCAUAGGGUUCACUAUUCUAGGUAUUGUUCUAUCCUGUGGUGGAGGUCCUCAAGGUGGAUAUUUAGGAGGUAAGUAUUGGCAUAACCCUGGUUCUUUCGUUGGACAUACUUCUGGUACUAAAUUUAAGGGUCUAUGUUCUGUGUUCGUUACUGCAGCUUUUUCAUAUUCUGGUAUUGAAAUGACAGCUGUUUCUGCAGCAGAGAGUAAAGACCCAAGAAGAACCAUCCCAAAGGCUGCCAAAAGAACAUUUUGGUUGAUUACAGCUUCUUACAUUACGAUAUUGACAUUGAUAGGUUGUUUAGUACCGUAUGAUGAACCAAGAUUGUUAAGUGGUUCAAGUUCCGUUGAUGCUGCAUCAUCUCCACUAGUUAUUGCUAUUGAGAAUGGUGGUAUUAAAGGUUUACCUUCUUUAAUGAAUGCAAUUAUUUUGAUAUCUAUCAUUUCAGUUGCCAAUAGUGCAGUUUAUGCUUGUUCUAGAUGUAUGGUCGCCAUGGCACAUAUUGGGAAUUUACCACAAGUACUUAAACAUAUCGAUAAGAAAGGUAGGCCAGUCAAUGCUAUUUUGUUUACCCUAUUUUUCGGUCUGCUGUCCUUUGUGGCAGCAAGUGACAAACAAGCUGAGGUAUUUACUUGGUUAAGUGCAUUAUCUGGGUUAUCAACUAUUUUCUGUUGGAUGGCUAUUAAUAUAUCACAUAUUAGAUUUCGUCAAGCAAUGAAGAAACAAAGAAAAUCACUAGAUGAACUUCCAUACCUUUCUCAAACAGGUGUAUGGGGGUCGUGGUAUGGUGUUAUUGUUCUAUUUCUAGUCUUAAUUGUUUCAUUUUGGACUUCAUUAUUUCCAUUGGGUGGCUCUGGGGCAGAUGCAGAAUCAUUUUUCCAAGGUUACCUUUCGUUCCCUAUCUUAAUUGCAUGUUACGUUGGACAUAAACUAGUGUAUAGAAAGAAACAAAUUGUUGUUGCAUUGGAGGACAUGGAUAUAGAUACAGGAAGAAGACAGGUUGAUUUGACUAUUCGUAGACAGGAAAUGAAAGAAGAACAAGAGCACCUGGCGAAAAGUUCUUUCUUCGCUAGAUUCUUACAUGUUUGGUGUUGA